AUGCUGCGCGUAGCAGCAGCGCAGGCGUCGCGGCGCACAGCGCUUCGUCGCACAGCGGUGGUUCGCAGCAGACAGAUCCGACAGAUCAGCGCCGGCCGCCGCUACGCCCUGUUCGCGCGCCGGCGCUUCGACCGCUUGGCGGCCGCCACGACGGCCUCGCUCGAGUCCGCGGCCGCGACGCCGGCGCUGUCGGUCGUGCAGCACGGCGGCGCGGCGGUCAUCCUGUACGGGUUCUACGAGACGGACGUCAUGCUGCUGCGCCUGUGGACCGUGUCGGGCCUGAUCUGCUACAGCGUCGUGCCGAACGCCUGGCGCGGCAACGUGCUGCUGGCGGCCUGGGGCAGUCUCUUCGUGGGGCUCAACGCGUACCGCCUCGUCGAGCUCGCGUCGGAGCGCGUCCCGGUCUGGCUCGACGACGACGAGUGGGCGUGCUACGAGGCGUCGGGCCUGAACCGAUUUGUGGCGCCGUCGUGUUUUAAGCGCCUCGCGGCGCAGGGCCAGUUCGUCGACGAGCCCGCCGGUCGCGUGCUGAAGGAGGAGAACGACCCGUGCCCGAACUUCUUGGUGGUGCGGAGCGGCACCGUGCUCCUCUCGGCGCACGGCCGGCCUUUGGGGGGCGGCGUGCUCGGGCCGGGGGGGCUCGUGGGCAUCCCGGAUUUAGUGGAGGCGAAGCUUCUCGCCGACUCGAUAGCGGACGACCCGCUGCGACCCACGGGCUCGUCGUCGGCGACGCGUGUCAAGGCGCAGGCGGGCGACAAGGGCGCCCGAGUCCUGCGGUGGACGGCGAAGGACUUCCGGAGGGCCGUCGACGCCGAGAAGGACCCGAAGGUCCAGGCCCAGCUCAUAUUCUACUUGAACCAGCAGCUCCUCAAGAAGUUACAUUUGCGGGACCACGGCGUGGCCCGCAAAGAGUACUCGAACUUGUUGAGGGCGGCCCUGUCGUCGGGCCAGGUGGAAGCGCAGGAUCGGGCCGCGCUCCACGCCUUCCGCGCGAAGAACGGAUUGACCGAGGGCGACCACGCGGACUGCCUCGAGGCCCUAGGCUGGACGACGGAGGCCUUCGCCGUGGGCGCGCGCCUCGACGUCGAGGGAACAACGUCGGCGCUGCGGGCCCUGCUCGCCAAGGCGGCGCCGCGGUCCGCGGCCGCCGCGCCGAUGAAGCCGGCGGCCCCGGUAGAUGCGUCCGCGAAGCCGGACGCAUUAAAAGCGCCGGUGCCGGCCCUCGCAGCAGCCGUCGACGCGGACGCGGCGGCCGCGGCGGCCGUCGUCGCCGCGGCCGCGGGGGUCAAGGAGGACGAGCGCCGCCGCGCGGAAGCGCAACGCCGCAUCGCCAAGAUCGUGAAGCGUGCUGCGGACGAGCGCGCCGCCGCGCCGCCGCCGCCCAAGGCGAGGCCGUCGUUCCUCCGGCGCCUCGCGCCGUCCUGGGCGUCGCCGCAGAAACGGGGCCCCUCGCCCGCGCCGUCGUCGCGGCGGCGCGCCCUCGAGAAGGACGCCAGCGAGCGCACGCUGUACGGGACCGUCCGGAGCACCACGACUAUUGGCGACGACGCCGACGUCGCAGCGCUGGCCGCGGCCGCGCGCAAGUUCUCCGCGGAGCACCGGAACACGACGAGUCAGAGCCGCCUCAGCGACCGGGCGCGCCGGCUGUUUGCCGUGCGGGGCAUCAACUCGGCGCCACUCAUCACCGUGCCCGAGGCGCCGCCGUCGCCGGCGCCCCAGCCGACGACCCCAGCCGACCAUCGCCGGAACCUGCUCUCGGUCUUCGUGCCGCCUACGCCUGAAGCGCCCGCGCGGCCGCCGCCACCGGCCUUCGAGGGCUUCCGGCCCGACCUCCGGCGGUCGGCGUCGGACCAUCCGUCGCCGCCGGCGGCAAAUCGGCCGCGGCGGACGCGAUCGAGUUGAUAUUUUUACAUAAGUUGUGUCCUAGAG